AUGGAGAGAGACUCUGAACCCAUCCACCAGGGGGAGCCGCUGUGCAACCAGGACUCGGGAGCUCAGAGUCAGGGAGGAGGAGGAGGAGGAGGAGGGGAGGAGAGGGGUGAAGGAGUGAGAGAAAGAAGGGAGGGAGGAAGGGACACAGAAGAAGGAGAAGGAGUGGCAGGAGACCUGGAGCCCUGGGACAGGGAUCAGAAUCUAGGGCAGGAUCGUGGAGAGGAGAGGGGUCCAGUGGAGGACAGUGAGCGAGGGGAGGGAGGGGGGCAGGACUCUGCAGAAUACUGGGGUGAGUCACCCCUGCAGGGGCCGGACCAGCCUCCCUGGGACUCGGGUUCAAGUGGCACAGAGCGGGGCAGCCUGGACGAGCUGACUUCCAUUGCUGUUAAGCAGUCAGACUGUUACACAGAGACAGGGGACAGAGAGGGGGGUGUUAGAGACAGUGAGACAGGGGACAGAGAGGGGGGUGUUAGAGACAGUGAGACAGGGGACAGUGAGACAGGGGACAGAGAGGGGGGUGUUAGAGACAGUGAGACAGGGGACAGUGAGACAGGGGACAGAGAGGGGGGUGUUAGAGACAGUGAGACAGGGGACAGAGAGGGAGGUGUUAGAGACAGUGUGACAGGGGACAGAGAGGGGGGUAUUAGAGACAGUGUGACAGGGGACAGAGAGGGGGGUGUUAGAGACAUGUUGACAGGGGACAGAGAGGGAGGUGUUAGAGACAGUGAGACAGGGGACAGCGUGACAGGGGACAGUGGUCUGGACCGCGAGGAGGUCAGUGACCCGGCUCCUAUCCCAGGCUCUCCAGAGCCCAGCGGAGAGGGCAGUCCUGUGUUUCUGGCUGUGGGGGAGAGAGAGGAAGGGCGUCGCGUGCAGGAACAGGAACGAGAGGCCCAGGAUCCUCCCUCUUCCAGCCCUGAGGAGACUCCUCUCACACAGGCUGCAGAAAUAUUUGCUGCAGAGAGCGCUGGAGCUGCUCAGGGGCCCCUGGUCGAUGCCUCGAAGGGGGAGGGGCAGGGGGAGGAGGAGAGGGCGGAGCCAGGAGAUCUCACCCCUGUGAUGUACUCUGAAGCCCCGGACAGCGACUCUGCUGAUAUAGAGAGGUAG